UUUCCCUUAGAUAAACAACGUGAGUAUUGCUCCCGUCUCUCUGUGCACUGCAAGUUAAUGAAGGGUGACACAUACUACGGGAUCGUCAUAAUCUUGUCAUAGAAAGUGUUGUAAAAGCUUGCAGAUAGCAAGAGAGCGAGCUGUAUGAUUUAUUCACCCAGUGACAUAAUAACAUAACACUAUGUCUGAUGAUGAAGAAAUUCCUGACCUUGUUCUAUCAGAAGCAAAGAAAGUUCCCAUCACAAUCAUAACAGGAUUUCUAGGUGCAGGGAAGACAACUCUGCUCAACUAUGUUCUCACAGAACAACAUGGGAAGAAGAUUGCUGUCAUUCUGAAUGAGUUCGGGGAAGGAGACUCCAUUGAGAAGUCUAUGUCUGUUGGCCAGCAGGGGGAGCUGUUUGAAGAAUGGCUGGAGUUGAGGAAUGGUUGCCUGUGCUGUUCUGUCAAGGACAGUGGGGUGAAGGCCAUUGAGAACCUGAUGACCAAGAGAGGGAAGUUUGACUACAUUCUGCUGGAGACCACCGGCCUAGCUGACCCAGGUCCUAUAGCCUCUAUGUUCUGGCUGGAUGAGGAGCUGUGUAGCGAUGUGUUCCUGGAUGGCAUUCUGACAGUGGUUGAUGCCAAGUUCUGUCACCAGCAACUCAGGGAACAGAAGGAAGAUGGGGCCAUUAAUGAAGCUCAAAGACAGGUCGCCCUGGCAGACGUGAUCCUGGUAAACAAGACGGACCUUGUCUCUCCAGCUGAAAUAGACACUCUGCGGGACGAAAUCAGGAAAAUCAACAGCUUUGCCAAACUGAAGGAAACAACUCGAGCCAAGUGCAGUCUGGAUGAUGUGCUGGACCUGAACGCAUACGGAGGUCAAGGUCAGGCAAGUAUGGAGGAGCUGUUUGAGAGACGAGGCUUCAACAAGGAGGAUCAGCACCACAUUGACAAGAGUGUGCGGACAGUUACUGUAGAGGUGGAGGGGGAGCUGUCACAGUCAGCGCUUGAAGACUUCAUGCAGAACCUGUUGUGGGAGAAACUGGUGAAGACGUCACAGGGAGACGUCACAGAAAUACUCCGUCUGAAGGGCGUUGUAUCGAUACAAGGCUGUUCAAGGAGAGUUGUAGUGCAGGCUGUGCAUCAGUUGUAUGACUCGCAGAUGACAACGCCAUGGGAGGAGGGAGAAUCUCACAUUACCAGGGUGGUGUUUAUAGGGAGAAAUUUGGACAAACAAGUUCUCCAAGAUCAUUUAACAAAAUGUGUCCAGUCGAACAGAUGAUCCAUGGCGCAUCUCAUGGAGGUCCUCAGUGUGACUUGUGUAUACAUUCACCAAUCUGUGUAUAUCAUAAACUGAAUAUGAUGAAUUAUAAUAAAUUAUCAAGCAAUCGCA